AAACUAGAGAAAAUUCCAUACCACCGGAUGUCUCCUUCGGCCACCACCAGAGCAAACGCACCGCUCCUUAGGGAGAGCAAGACGGCGGGAACGCAUACAUCGGUGUCCGGUGCGGUGUUCAAUGUUUCGACUACCAUUAUCGGUGCUGGAAUUAUGUCGAUCCCUGCAACUCUCAAGGUGCUAGGAGUCGUUCCGGCGUUUCUGUUGAUAGUGAUUAUAGCUUGGCUAGCAGACGUAUCGGUCGAAUUUCUGAUGAGGUAUACACGUGCUGGGAAGUCAACCACUUACGCCGGCGUCAUGAAGGAGUCGUUUGGGCCGGUGGGAUCGUUCCUGGUGCAGUUAUGCGUCGUCAUGAAUAAUCUCGGUUGCUUGAUCAUUUAUUUAAUUAUUAUUGGGGAUGUUCUUUCAGGAAAUCAACCUGAAGGAUCUGUGCAUUUAGGGGUCUUACAAGAAUGGUUUGGCGUUCACUGGUGGAACUCCCGUGCCGUUUCAAUGCUCUUCAUUGUUGUUUUCAUUAUGCUUCCAUUGGUUCUAUAUAGGCGUGUAGAAGCAUUAAGGUUCAGUUCUGCAAUAGCAGUUUUUCUUGCCGUUCUGUUUGUUGCCAUCAGUUCUGUUAUGGCAAUAACUGCACUCUUUGAAGGGAAAGCCGAAAGGCCAAGACUGCUGCCUUACUUGGACAAUGGAGCCUCAUUUUUCGAACUCUUCACCGCUGUUCCAGUCAUUGUAACAGCUUUCACAUUUCAUUUCAAUGUUCAUCCGAUUGGUUUAGAGAUGGACAAACCUUCUGACAUGAUGAAGGCAGUCCGAAUUUCACUCAUACUAUGUGGUACCAUCUACUUCACUGUUGGGAUCUUUGGAUACCUUCUUUUUGGCGAAUCAAUCAUGUUCGACAUACUUGUUAAUUUUGACCAAAAUUCUGGUUCAGCACUCGGUUCCGUACUCAAUGACAUAGUUCGAUUAAGCUAUGCCCUUCACCUCAUGCUGGUGUUUCCCCUCUUAAACUUCUCAUUAAGGGCCAACAUUGAUGAAUUCCUUUUCCCAAGUAGGCCUGUUCUGGCAAGGGAUAACAUGAGAUUCAUGUCCCUCACUCUUACUUUGCUAGCCAUUUCUUACUUGGCAGCCAUAGCCAUCCCUAACAUAUGGUAUUUCUUUCAAUUCAUGGGAUCGACCUCUGCAGUCAGCCUGGCCUUUGUCUUCCCUGGCGCUAUUGCUUUUAGGGAUGUUCAUGGCAUAUCAACAUCAAGAGAUCGGAUUAUAUCUGCAGUAAUGAUAAGUUUGGCUGCUGUAACGAGUAUAAUAGCCAUUUCCUCCAACAUACACAGCUUUUUCACCUAACCUUCUGCAGAGGUUCUUGUAUUCUGGUGUAUCCUCCAUUCUUAAUCUUUUUGUUUCUUUAA